AAGUGGUUCCCCCUGCGGUUAUCUAGCAACAGCUAUGCUAUAAAAAGUUAAGUUCACAAGUAAUAUGAUGACUAUUUAUGAUUAUAGGAAGUACUACCAACAGAAUAUAUCGUAGUCUAAGUUGGUUAUGCAGUAUGCUACAGAGACAAGCUUCUGAAAUAUGGACACUACCAGUGAAAUAGAAAGAUUUAUAAUUACAUUUGUGCAGUCUAAGACAGAGGAAAAAGUAUACAUUGACCUAAGUACAGAGCAUGUCAUUCAUUUGAAACCAGUGUGUGCAAGAGGCUCGUUUUCCCUGGGGAUAUUUUGGGUUCAUGUUUUUCAGCAUCCCAAUAAUUAUCCCAUCUAUUGCCACACAUAUAAAAAGUUAUAUCAAGCAGGUGGAAGAUUUGAAUUGCAACUGAGGAUUGAAGGAGUUUCAAUUUCUAUAAAUCUUAAAACAGGCUGGCUAACAUUUCAAGGAACUUUUGUUAUUGACUGGUUUGUGAGACAUAUGCCAAAGAUUUUAGAAGCUUACAAUGGACAGCAUUCAGAAAAAAUUACUGAUAUCUUCACUAAAGAAGAAAUGGAGAUCUUACAUAAAGAAAAACAGAGGCAAUAUAGAAAGACUAUCGAGAGGUGGCCAGAAAAUGUUCUUAAACCAGAAGCUAAUGUGAUGGAAGCAGGAAGACAAGCAUUAUACCAUGAGCCUAUAGAUGAAGAAGGAUUUUUGUUUGGAAAAGAGUUGGAAUCAUAUUGCCCUAUUCCAGAUCUGCUAACUGAUCAAGAGAUCAAGCAGCAAUUUAAAAGGCUAGAAAAGGGACAAGUGAUUCAAGGUCAUAUCCUUUACAGGCUGUGGUUGUCUACCCUCAACUCCUGGUUAUCUGAUCAAGUUAAAGUAUAUGUAUUUACUCCACACAUGGACUGCAACAGUCUUGUAGACCUGUGCAAGUUGUUUUUGAAAAACAAAACCACAGCACAUAUAGAGACAAUAUGUGUUCCUUUAAGCAAUCUCUAUGGUCGAUUUGCUGCAGUGAAAUCCAACGCUAUCAAGCAAUUUGAUGAAAAGGACCAAGUAUUGAUAGAAUACACAGUGUACAGUCAAAUUGUGUACCCUGUGACUGAUUUCAGCACAAGUUUUAUUGCAGCUGUCAAAGAUGGAACUGCUAAUGUUCUGUUGACCAACACAAAUUUUGACAGAGAAAGUUUUUUUACUCUUACUUCUGUCACUGUUCACUACAAGGAAUUGGAAGAAAGACAAUUUGUGAAAUAUUUUCUAGAACCCAUUCUUGGUUGAUUCAUUGACAGAUAAUUAUAGGGUCAUUUGUAUAAAACUAGUACAGUAAAUAGUAUUAAAUAUCAUUAAAUAGUAUUUGUAAUUGACCAAAGAAAAUAAACAUUAUGGUACCAGACUUUUUGUUCUUAAUUAUUAGUAUACAGUAUCAAAUAGUGAUAGGAACAGAUCUUAAAAAAAAAUUCUACACAGCUAUCUCUUUUUAUUUGCAUCUAGAUCCGUGAGAAAUAUGAACCCUGACAAGAAAAAUGAUCAACAACCUACUGAUAUCUUCCCUUUUUAGAAGAAAUGGAGAUCUUACAUAGAUCCCUUAAAUUAGUAUAAAAUAAGACUAAUCAAUUUUUAAGGUUUUAUUACACUUGCCAACAAUAUGCCAAAUGGAUUUAUUUUAAAUUGUUUUUGGCCACCACUGACAAUUAUUUGUUUAAUUUUUUUAUUUGUUAAUAUCUUGUAGAUCUAGUUCUUUAGUUAAACAUAUUUAUUUAGUUUUGUAAUAUAUAAAUAUAGAAAGGAAAUAUUGUUUGCCAGUAAAUUUCUUCCCAAACAACUUCCAAAAUAGUUUUAUAGCCAGAAUUUCACAGAGAGCCAGAUAGUGAAAAAGAGAUGUAUACAUAUAGUUAAAAAGAGAUUUAUAUCAUUCCACCAGUCAUAUCACCAGUAUCUACUUUUUUUUUCCUUUUCAUUUUUAUUUCAGGCCUUAUAAUUUAUUUAGUAAUUAUUAUUGACAUUGUUAUGUCAAUGAAAGUAUUAUGUUUCAACACUUAAUAAUGAAUGAAUUUUGUAUAAAGCUUGAUUGUUUAAUUUAGAGUUAGUUGAGAUCUUUAAAGUUGAUUUAAGUGUAAUGAUUCCAGAACAUUAAAGUACUUUGCAAUUUUUGCUUUGUUAGGAUUCUUUUUUUUUUUAAAUAUGUAUCCUUUCCAUCUUUAAAGCUUUCCUAAAGUAUGAUUAUUUUCUUUAUGAAUUAAUCUGAUAUAUAAAAACAAAAUAUCAAAUAAAAAGAUAUAACAAUG